GCCUGUGCGAGGCCCAUCCACCGCCUCCACCGCCGCCAGCGCCGCCUGCGCCGCACUGGCCCUGCCCGCACCCAGGUCGCGCCUUGACCCGCCCUCCAUUGCGAACCUGACUCCACUCGCGCUCCCGCCCAAGGCCGCCCUCCUCCCGCCGCCGCGGCCUCCCUGGCCUGACCUGACCGGGAAGCAGUUCCGGCGGACGGCCGCCGUGACUCAUCGGCCUGCCUGCACCCCCGAUCGUGCCAUCUUGGCUGCGGCCAGCGCAGUGCCCGGAGCCGCGGAGGAAGCCGCGGAGAUUCAGGUACGCCUCUGCCGUCCUCCCCAGGCCCGGCGCCGCCGCAGGUGCGCCCGUCCUUUGUUCUGCCACAGGCCCCAGAACAAGUGUAACCUCCUGUGCUGUGAGCCUUGGCCUUGAAGGUCCGCGAUAAAGGAGUCCAUCCGGAACCCGGGAUCCUCCAGGCCUGCACCACCUGCCUGGCUGCGGCUGCACCCAAGUCUUCGCUUGCCGACCCUGCCUUCUCUCCGAGUCUUGAACCUCACCUGCUCCCUCAUUCCUGUCUGGGUCUAUGCAGUUUUAGCACCACCGGUCUUAAGGUUCUGAGUUACUCACACCCCUUUCUCCCACCCAUCAGUUCAGCCUUUGGCUGACCUCUGCCAACAUGGUCCAACCCCAGACAUCAAAAGCUGAAACCCCAGCUUCCGCAGCCUCGACCAAUGCUCAAAUGGAUGACGUCAUUGACACCCUGACCUCCCUGCGCCUCACCAACUCUGCACUGAGGCGGGAGGCCUCGACGCUGCGGGCGGAGAAGGCCAACCUCACCAACAUGCUGGAGAGCGUGAUGGCAGAGCUGACCUUGUUACGUACCAGGGCCCGGAUUCCGGGCGCGCUGCAGAUCACCCCGCCCAUCUCAGCGAUCACCUCGAAUGGGACCCGGCCGAUGACCACGCCUCCGACCUCUCUGCCGGAGCCUUUUUCGGGAGACCCGGGCCAGCUAGCAGGGUUCUUGAUGCAGAUGGACAGGUUCAUGAUCUUCCAGGCCUCGCGCUUUCCAGGUGAGGCCGAACGCGUGGCCUUCCUUGUGUCCCGGCUGACUGGGGAGGCAGAGAAGUGGGCGAUCCCCCACAUGCAGCCUGACAGCCCCUUGCGAAACAACUAUCAGGGGUUCCUGGCGGAGUUGCGGAGAACCUACAAGUCCCCCCUGCGGCACGCCCGUCGUGCCCAAAUCAGGAAGACUUCCGCCUCGAAUCGAGCGGUGCGGGAGCGGCAGAUGCUGUGCCGCCAGCUGGCGGCCACAGGCACAGGCCCCUGCCCUGUGCACCCCGCUUCCAACGGGACUAGCCCAGCCCCGGCCCUGCCUACCCGAGCACGGAACCUUUAAGAACCCGCCACUCCCCUGGUCGCAUCGGCAGCUACCGGGUCGCACCCCUCUUUGCUCCAUAGAAGAAAUGUCCCUGCAACAGCAUCCUUGUUCCUCUCCAAGACCUCUCCAGACCUGUUCCAGCAGCAGAUCCUCAUACUCGGCCAUCCUGUUAGCACCUCGCUUCCUAGUGUUACGUGCUAGCUUUGCACCUACGCCUCAGUGCAUGUUUCCCCCUCACGCUUGCACCUCCAGCUCUUUUGGUGACCACAGCUCUGCUACUCGGUCACUUUGACUCCACAACAUGCUGCGGACCAUUUGGGCGGACCCCUCCCGGCCCGACGAGGUUCCUAGACUCCUCUUCUGCCCUCUGCAGACCCCCACGGCAGCUCCCUGCCUGGCUGCCCUGUUCCCAGUGAUGAGCUCACGGAUGACAGAGGCGCCUCGGCGGGCCGGUGGCUCGAUGCGGGGACCUGGGGAGGGGAGUCGGACCUCCCACCAUGAGAGGUCACCAGUCCGGCCAGGGCCCCGUGUGGCAGCCAGGGCCCUGUCCUUGCUUGGUGGCCGAGCGACCACUACUGGGAGCGUCGUGCCGGCGUGUCCGGUGGCGCACUCUCCUCUGCUCCUGGGUAUGCGUCAGUGCGCUUCGUUGUAGCUGCCGGGAGAGCCCCAAAUGCAGGUACAGGGAGAAGCUGGAGGCGGCACCUCCGUUGAUGCCCCGCUCCUGCUGCCGGGGUCCCGACGGCGCCGGGAGUUCUGGGAGUCUGGAGCUUGCCUGCUAAGGAAGGGGACUGACCCGGACCGCGGGGCAGCCCCGUGAAGCGGCCGCAGCAGUGCACCCGUGCACCCUGUGCCCGAGGCCCUCCGCAGGCCGCGGGCCAGGCCUCCAGCGGGGGUGGCCGCUGGCUGCAGGCGCGCGGCUACUCCGCUGCCCCUGUCACUUGGUGAGGGGCCUUGUCUGGCUGGAGACUUGUUCUCUUCUCCACUUGGGAACAAGUGGCCACCCUGUACCUCAGCCCCUCAGCCCCCCACAGCGCCCGCGGCCUCGGGAGACUCGAUGCGGCAUGCCCUCCCCGGGCCCGGGCCGUCCACCAGCAGUCCAGCCUCUGUUCAAGAAGACUUGGACUGUGGGGGCUAGGAACCCACCUUCUCUGGGAUGUGCCCUUAAGCACCAGGGGCAAGGCAGCGUUGGCCUCUGGCAACCCCCGUCAGGGCCUUGGUGGCAUUUGAAAAAGAGCUGCGGGCCGCCUCCGUCCCAAGGUGGCGCUCGUGUCUUAACUCCAAGGGACAGAGCUGUGCCCCUCACUGGGGGACAGCCUUGCGCGUCCUCGUGGGGGCCGCCGGGGAUUCACUUUCCUGACGGGUCGGCCAGGUCCUUUGGCCGGUGAUGCUCCCGCCGUGCCCG